AUUCCUACAUUUAUGGCAUUUCUUAAUAAUACUAUUCAUUCAGGAUUUUUUAUUGAAUUUAAGUAAAGGUUAGGCAGUGUGAUUCCACUGAACAUAAUGAGUACAGAAAAACCAACAGAUCAACCAGAUUUAAUUUGUGUAGAGGAGAGUCUUAUGAGUUUAGAGAAGCUUGAUAGGGCAUCACCAGAUUUAUGGCCUGAGCAAAUUCCAGGUGUAAAUGAAUUUGUGGCUCAAAAUUCACCACAAACAGAGCCCUCCUCUUGGGCUGCUGGUCUAACUCCAGAUGAUAUAAAUCAGUUACAUCAAUUGGGAAACUUAACAAUGGGUGGUUUAAUUUCUGAAGUAAAAAAAUUACACGAUAUGGCUUAUCAAUUAGGAUUGGAAGAGGCAAAAGAAAUGACCCGUGGAAAAUAUUUAAACAUUUUCAAGCCUAAAUAACA